AUGCCAUCGGUUCCGGUGCCAUUCGUUCAGGCAGUGAUGGACGUCCGCAUCUCUGACCAGUUCAUUCCGCCGCAAUUCAAAAUGUAUGACGGCACCGGAGACCCAGAAGCACACAUUAAGUCAUUCACCAACGCCAUGGCGUUCCGUACGGGGAGCGAUGCCAUCUGGUGCUGGGCGUUCUCAUUGUCCCUCGAGGGCGAGGCCUUGGAAUGGUUCAAUUCCCUUCCCAAUGGCUCAGUAGAAAACUUCAAAGGGUUGAGCGGCAUGUUCAAUAAACAGUUCGCCGCGUGCCGACCACAAGAUGUCACUCUGGUUGACUUGAUGAAUCUGAAGCAAGGAAAGGAGGAGCCGCUCAGAACCUUCAUGGACCGAUUCACAAAGACGGUGUGUCGGGUCAGAGGUUUGAGCGUGGAGAUGGCCUUGCAGUAUGUGAUGCCGGCUCUCAGGCUGGGACCUUUUAAGGAGAGCGUCUGCCGAACCCCACCCAAGACCUUGGAAGAACUACGCCAGCGGGCGGCGGACGAAGCAAGGGUGGAGGAAAUGAAACAAAAUUAUCGAAGGGAAAUGCAGGACGCGAAGGAUAAGAGCGAGGGAAAACAACAGGGUCAAUCCCAACGACCAGGCGGUGUGAAGGGGCGAGACGGUCCCCGGGUCCCUCGCUUCCCUCAAUACACUCCCCUCAACGCCCCCCGGGCUCGGAUAUUCCAGGAAGCCCUGAGCACGCAAGUAAUGCGGACCCCUCAAAAGCGUCCUACUCCUUCGGGAGCCGACAGCAGUAAACACUGCUUGUAUCAUCAGAAUAUGGGCCACGACACCGAAGAUUGCAUGAUGCUUAAGGAUCGGAUAGAGGAGCUCAUCCAAGCUGGACAUUUGAAACAGUAUGUUAGGGGAUACCGGGGCGAAACGGCGCCUGUCGGACGUCCGGCCCCCCGGGAGUGGAGUCCGAGGCCUUUACCCGACAGAAGUCAUAGGGACGACCGUCCGAGGCACCAGCAUGGUUAG